GACCUAGUGAUGGAAAUGCCAGGUGUUUUGGAUGAUUUCUUGGUGAUUCUGAAACCUUGAUAGUGUUUACAUUACCUGUUGUAUUUAGUUACACAGUGGCUUCUCGGGCUUCAGCUGUGACAAAACUUUGAGAAAGCUGUUUAGUUGAAAAGCUGCCUAACAUUCUGAAUUUGGGGAAUAACUAGUUUCCUAACUAAAUAAAUGAACAGAUUAGAGUUCCACAUUGAAAUUCCACAAAAGAUGUUCAACUUUUCUUUUUCUACUGAUAUUCUCAGAAUGGCCACGACCUAUAAGAAAGGACCUACUUGAGAAGUAAAACCCCACUGCUAGUAAACUUCCCAAUGUUUUCCUGAGACUAUCAUAUGUCAACAUUAACAGAAAAGAAAGUGCUGCUGUGUUCCAGACAAGGGAAUCAAGUCAGGGAUUAUCUCUAAGUGAUUUGCUGACAUUUUUAUCCCUGGAGUUCAUGAUGACUGUUUCCGACUUCCUUUUGCAGGAUAGCUAACGGCCAGGAGAAAUAGAGUGGAAAAUGCAAAACAACGAAAUUAUAAAACCUGCCAAAUACUUCUCAGAGUUGGAAAAGAGCAUCCUGCUUGCGUUAGUAGAGAAGUACAAGUAUGUGCUGGAAUGUAAGAAAAGCGAUGCGCGAACUAUUGCCCUCAAGCAGCGGACCUGGCAGGCGCUGGCCCACGAGUACAACUCUCAGCCGAGCGUGUCCCUGCGGGAUUUCAAACAGCUGAAGAAGUGCUGGGAGAACAUCAAGGCCCGGACCAAAAAAAUCAUGGCCCACGAAAGGAGAGAGAAGGUGAAGCGGAGUGUCAGCCCCCUCCUGAGCACCCACGUGCUGGGCAAGGAGAAGAUCGCCAGCAUGCUGCCCGAGCAGCUCUUCUUCCUGCAGGGCCCUCCCGAGGAGGAGCCCGGCUACCACCCCGACGCCACCGCCCCAGAAUCAUUUGCUGUUUCAAAUAGAGAACUGUGCGAUGAUGAGAAAGAGUUCAUACAUUUUCCAGUAUGUGAGGGGACCUCUCAACCUGAACCCUCGUGUUCAGCUGUCAGAAUAACAGCCAAUAAAAACUACAGGAGCAAAACCUCUCAGGAAGGUGCUUUAAAAAAGAUGCAUGAGGAAGAACACCAUCAACAAAUGUCCAUCUUACAGCUGCAGCUGAUACAAAUGAAUGAGGUGCAUGUGGCCAAAAUCCAGCAGAUAGAGCGGGAGUGUGAGAUGGCAGAGGAGGAGCACAGGAUAAAAAUGGAAGUUCUCAAUAAAAAGAAGAUGUAUUGGGAAAGAAAACUACAAACUUUUACCAAGGAAUGGCCUGUUUCCUCAUUUAACCGGCCCUUUCCCAAUUCGCCCUAAGACUGGGAGGGUGGCUCCCUUGUGGUUGGUCUGUGUUGGCAAAGCAAGUCUGGAACGUGAACUCGCGGUCAGUAACCUGUAUCAGAGCUACAACUAGGAAACUUAGAGUGGUAGUUGUCACUUAUUUACGAAUACGUUCAGGUAAACAGCUGCACCCUCUGUACCCCUUACGUGGCAAAGAAGCUGUUACAGUCUUCUGAAAGUUAUCACUAUGAGUGCUAUCAUUCUGAAUGUAAUGUUUCCUAAUUAGAAUUCAUACAAGAACCAUGCGUGAGUGUUGUAUUUUUUUUAAUCCAAUGCAAGUGUGAUUGUAAAGGGGUGUGGCUGAUUUUUUUUUUUUUAAAUAGCAGAACUUUUCUAUCCAAAUGAUGCCCUCCCAUUGAAUGUGGCCGUCCUGGUAGGCCCCGCGUCUCUCCAGCGGUGAAACUGUCGCUCAGCACUUGCCUAGAGGCCUUUGGGGAACCUCCAUGAGAGCUGCAGCACCUCUUUCAUUUUUUUCAGUGGUAUUCUCUGAGUGUGGAUUUUCUGAUUUUAAACAGCCCAACAUGCGGAAGAAUAUUUUCUGAUGUGGCUUCUAUACUGCCUUGUCCCCCCAAAAUGACACCAACAAAGGGAGUACUGUUGGAACUAAGGAUGUAGCUACUUUGAGGGAUAAAUGUUCAUUUAGAUUUCUACAUUCUGUCAUGUUUGUUUUAUUAAAAGACUUGCAAUUUUAUAGUCACA